CAUCCCACUCACGGUAAGAGGAAAUCCUAAACUGGUCUGGUCCACUGGUACUCCCCUUCUCUCUCACUCACACACCCUGGACGCUCACACAAACAGGAGGAAAAUGGCAGUAGCAGCAUCCACACAGAGAAUGAAUGAGACCCACAAAAUUCUGGCAUUCACUUUGCUUCUCAUCACCACCUUCUUUCACGGUGGUGUAGUUGCACAAGAUGAGAGUGAAUCAGAUGUUGUCACUGGGCCCACACAGCCAGUGGAUGUUGCUGAAUUAAUUCGUGGAGACGAGAUUGACACCACACAACCGGCAGAUGAAGAAGCAGAUAAACUCCAAGACCAGAUCAUUGUAUUCCCCAGUAUUCCUGGCCUGGAUCUGUCAGGCUUCUUACAUGACACCACAGCGACUCCAGUCACCAAGGGGGUAGUGGAGACCACAGACAUAGGGGAGGCCACAGUGGAGGCUGGUGAAGCAGGAAUCACAGACCCAGAUGACAACCAGGAGACCCAGGCUCCCCAGCAGUUUCAGACCUCCCAAUCCAGUGACACUGUGCUCAUCCCAGAGUGGUCUGGUGUCUCUCUACAGGCUGAUGUGAUGUGUGUUGAUAAAGAAGCUGUCCAGGACAGAGAUGCUGUGAAUCUGAAACUCAAGGCCUCAUCCAGCUGUGAGGAGACCAGGUCUAAAAUUGAGAGUGUGUUGGAGCACCUGUGUGGAGACGACUGUAAACUGGAGGUCUACCAGGAGGACAACUCCAAUGAAAUCCUGAUCUCUGGCCAAUGCAUAGAAGCUGAUGCAAAAGGAAUGGCUGAGAAGUUCAACAAUGACAACAUUAAAGACAAGAUUGAUUUUGAGGAGGCUGUUCCUCGCUGGGGGAAGAAAUCCAAACUGGUACUGGUCUCCCUGCUGCUCACUGGACUGCUCCUGGCUAUUCUUCUCAUCGCAGGCUACUACCUGAAAACCCACCGCCCACCACCCAAGGGAGCAAGACUGGCUGAAGAGGGUUUCCAGGUGUAUGAGGAGAACCAGGCCAACACCCUGGUGUCUGUGGCCCCUCUGCAGUCACAGGAGCCCCUGGUGAAGCCCACCAGCAAUGGGGAGUUUCCUGAGAGCCAGCCACCACCCAACAACGGCCAACCUGCCACCCAGACCUCGGUUGCUGACACUGAGAUGUGAACGAGCUCUGAAUUACAUCCCCAACGCCCCAUUUUCAUUCCUCCUGCUCACCAUCAUCAUCACAUUCCCAAUCCCUCUCCCCUCAUAGUGUACCUGGGGAUACAAGACUCUAACACGAAACAACAAUUCAAUAUCCAAGCCCACCUCACCUUUCCCCAUGUAACCCUUGACUCCCAGGAUGAUGAAGAUGAUGACUAUGACGAUAAUGACGAGGCCUGUAAUGUGAAGAGAAGAGAUUGUGAUCACUGGCCUCUUAACAGGUUUCAGUGGUGGUAGAGAAGGAGCCUAAACACUGAGUUUGGGGGACUGGACAGCAGGUUGAGACUGCAUUCCAAAAACAAUAAUUGCUGCAAGAAAUUAACAAGAAAUCACCAAAAUUGACCAUUGUGUUGCUGUUUCCAAAUUCAUGUAUGAAGCACAGUAUAUUCGAAUUCUUAGUCUUUCAGAUCUCAAAUGGACUCAUUUGAACUAAAAGGGUCAUCGUAGUUUAAAGUAUCGCUUGUAUGAUCUGGUGUGAUCAUUUGCUUGAACCUCCUGUUUGAGGUAAAAAAUUACAUUUGGGUAACAGAAGCGGAGAAAGAGUGAUACAUGGAGAUUAUUUCAACCAUUGAAGAGAUUUUAAUAGGCAGCUUUAAAAUGGGUAUCAAUGUGAUUGGCUAGUGCAGAGAUCAGAGUUGAAUCAUGUUGCCUUUUAUCAAGGCCUAUCAUAAUAGUUGUGUGAGAUGGGCUGCCAUAUGUUUGUUUCAUAAUUAUGUAGGCCUACACUCUUAGAAAAAAAUGUGCUAUCUAGAACCUAAAAGGGUUCUUCAGCUGUCCCCAUAGGAAAACCCUUUGAAGGUAGAACCCUUUUGGGUUCCAUGUAGAACCCUUUCCACAGAGAGUUCUACCUGGAACCAAAAAGAGUUCUCCUAUGGGACAGCCAAAGAACCAUUUUGUAACCCUUUUUUUCUAAGAGUGUAGUGUGUCACAAUUUCCAUCAUGACGAACAUUAUAUUGUAGUUGUUUAAAAAAAAAAAAAUUAUGUUCUGACUCAGCACUGUGUCUUUGAGAAUGUUGAACCAGGUAGACUAAUCUUAUCAAAUCUGAAAAACAGACAUAACCUGUCGGUUUUGUGUGGCGAAGCACUGCCUUUAAAUAUCUACAAAAUCCCUAGUAACAUGUUCAACAUUCCCAAGGCUCUUUAAAUGUCCUUAAUAAAUCAGUUCAUCAUGAAACAUCAGGUACAUGGAUGAAAGAUGUAAUUUUGCUAUUGGUUUUUGAAUGACUGAUUGUUUUCAUACAAUACUGCAUGUGUAAAUAUGCCUACUUUCUCUGUUAGAAAUAUCUGUGUGCCCUAUACAUUUUGAUUGUGUCAUUGUUGCUGUUUCUUUGUCUACCUGAACAGGUAACACUAGCCUGAUCAUGUCACAUAGUAUGGCACACAUACAAACUUGCAUCUCUUUAUAGACCCCACACAAGGAAAAUUUACAUUUAUUAUGAUUCCUACAGCUGUUUUGGGCCUUUCAUCAAAUCCAACAUCUGAUCUUGGCUUAAAUAAACCAAAUUAUUAAUAUGCUAUUGAAAAAGUUUAAAACUGCUUACAGUUUACUGUAUUAAUCAAAUCACUUUGAUAUCUCAAAGUACUGUACAGAAACCCAGCCUAAAACCCCAAAUAGCAGGCAAUGCAGGUGUUGAAGCACGCAGGUGUAUGCCUGAUGAACUGACCCACGUAUAUAAAACAAUUGGACUCUGACAGUGUAUUCUAGUCAUGUAAAGCAUAUUUCUAGCAAUACCACCCUAGACAUGAUCAUAUAACAGUCACAAAUGUUUGCUUAUGGUCGUAGAGACAUUUUCAAUGAAACAACAUCAGUGGAGUAUUAGAAAGUGCAAAAUAUAAACUGUUGCUACUACUGAGUCCAUACAGAAAUAGAACAAACUUAUUCUUUUGGGAACUGACCAGCAUCUGAAGCACAGCAUAGUGAAUAGAUCAAAACUACGAAAUAACACAUUAGAUAUCAUGUAGUAAGAAAGAAAAGUGUUAAACAAAUGAAAAUAUGUUUUAUAUUUGAGAUUCUUCGAAGUAGCCACCCUUUGCAUUGAUGACAGCUUUUCACACCUGGAAUGCAUUUCAAUUAACAGGUGUGCCUUGUUAAAAGUUAAUUUGUGGAAUUUCUUUCCUUCUUAAUGCAUUUGAGCCAAUCAGUUGUGACAAGGUAGGGGUGGUAUACAGAAAAUAGCCCUAUUUGGUGAAAUACCAAGUCCAUAUUAUGGCAAGAAUAGCUCAAAAAAGCAAAGAGAAAUGACAGUCCAUCAUUACUUUAAGACAUGAACUAAUGUCAACGCGGAAAAUUUCAAGAACUUUCAAAGUUUCUUCAGUCUCAAAAACCAUCAAGCAAUAUGAUGAAACUGGCUCUCAUUAAAGGAAGGCCCAGAGUUACCUCUGCUGCAGAGAAUGCGUUCAUUAGAGUUAACUGCACCCCAGAUUGCAGUCCAAAUAAAUGCUUCAGAGUUCAAGUAACAGACGCAUCUCAACAUCACUGUUCAGAGGAGACUGCAUGAAUCAGACCUUCGUGAUCGAAUUGCUGCAAAGAAACCACUACGAAAGAACACCAAUGAGAAGAAAAGACUUGCUUGGGCCAAGAAACACGAGCAAUGGGCAUUAGACUGGUGGAAAUCUGUCCUUUGGUCUGAUGAGUCCAGAUUUGAGAUAUUUGGUUUCAACCACUGUGUCUUUGUGAGACGCAGAAUAGAUGAAUGGAUGAUCUCCACUUGUGUGGUUCCCACUGUGAAGCGUGGAGGAGGUGUGAUGGUGUGGUUGUGCUUUGCUGGUGACACUGUCAGUGAUUUAUUUCAAAUUCAAGGCACACAUAACCAGCAUGCCUACCACAUCAUUCUGCAGCGAUACGCCAUCCCAUCUGGUUUGCACUUAGUGGGACUAUCAUUUGUUUUUCAAUAUGUCAAUGACCCAACACACCUUCAGGCUGUGUAAGGACUAUUUGACAAAGAAGGAGAGGAAUGGAGUGCUGCAUCAGAUGACCUGGCCUCCACAAUCACCCGACCUCAACCCAAUUGAGAUGAGUUUGACCGCAGAGUGAAGGACAAGCAGCCAACAAGUGCUCAGCAUAUGUGGGAACUCCUUCAAGACUGUUGGAAAAGCAUUCCAGGUGAAGCUGGUUGAGAGAAUGCAUUACUUAUUUUCCACCAUAAUUUGCAAAUAAAUUCAUUAAAAAUCCUAGAAUGUGAUUUUCUGGAUUUUUU